CGCCCUUCCUUUCCGCCUUAUCCGCAGGCGGGCACGCGCAAGGAAGCGCGCCUGCCGGGGUGUGACGAAGCGGAGGCGGGACUUGGCGCGCGUUGCCUCAGUGCGACUGCGCACAAUCUAAUCCGCGGGGGAAGGGAAUUGCGCUUGCGCGCCUGUCUCCCGGGACCCUAAAGUAGGCGAGCCUCUGGCUGCUCCGGUAGGUUUGGCGUGCGCGGGUUUCUGCAGAUCUGGGGCGAGCUUGCACGUUACAUCACCUAUGCACCUCUCCUUGCUUGCUUAAGUUGCCACCACUUAGGCCUUUCUUGCAGAAAUCGCCAUAUACUCUUUAAGGGCCGCGGAAUCGGGGCGACCUUGGUGACUGAUUGGCAAACUCUCGGCAGAUGUGCGUGCACUGGUUGGAUGCAGGCGUGGUUGUAGGAGAUUUAAUUUUUCCAGCUUUGCAACGACUGUUGGCUCUGUUAGCUUCCCAGAACGGAUCUCCCUAGUCUCGACUGGAAGCUGAGGGACAAAAUCUCAGAAAAGCAAUUACUCUUUCCUCACCAGGCUUCUAAAAAAGCAAGAAUAGCGAUAUGAUUACACCUAUAGUCCUAUAGAAAUUGAUCUGCCUUUCCCUCACAAUCGUGGCCUGUUAACGCUCCUGUGUAGUUCAGUGCCAGAAUGAGUGACCGCUAUUUAGAACAAAGGAUUAGUAUCAAAUUUUGCGUGAAACUGAAUAAGUCUGCAAGUGAGACCCACCAUCUUUUAAAAGAAGCUUAUGGGGAUGAAGUCAUGUCAAGGGCCAGAGUUUUUGACUGGCACAAAAGGUUUAAAGAAGGACGGGAAGAUGUUCGAGAUGACGCCCGAAGUGGGCGUCCAGUCACCCACAGGACAGAUGAAAAUAUCCAGAAGGUCAAGGACUUGGUUUGUUCAAACAGGCAGUUAACUGUGAGGAUGAUGGCUGAAGAGUUAAAUUUAGACAAAGAAACUGUUAGGCUCAUUUUGAAAGAAAACUUGAACAUGAAGAAGAUUUCUGCAAAAGUUAUUUCGGGUGUUUUGAAGGGUGAGCCUACACCACGAAAACUUGACUUUCAGUCGGAUCUUUCAAAGGAAACUAGGAAAAAUAGCUCAUGUUUGAGGAAAAAGGUCUGCAUGGUCGAUAAAUUUUCAACGAGCAGUGAUUCUGUUCCUCAUCUUUCAUUGCUUUAUGGGACUUCAGGGAAUGAAAGCAUAACAUCCUGCUUUCCCAUAAGUUCUCUGGCUGCUACACUGGCACCAAUUAAAGACAUGUCUAUGCAAUUAAUCAAAACCAAUUUGGAAGCACUCUGGCGCUGCUCCUCUGAUGUACUGCCUGCUCCACAUACAGUAGUUCCUCAGCUGUGGUGAUGGAGCCAGGCACAUAGGAGCUUUUGAUGAACUGGCUGUGCCGGCCCCAAGUGUUAACUAUGUCAUCUGACAUGACUAAUGAGGCUCCGGACUUGAUCUGCAUGAGCGGAUCAGUCCUGCUGUCUGGAGGAGGCUAAGUUUCCACAGCCAGCCUGGGAAGAGGCUGCAACGUGCAGGGUACACACUCCAUCAUGUCAGCUGGAGUCCCAGAGGCCUCCAGUGUUGGAGCUGGGAGUCAUCCAUGGAGAGGGUGAUGGAAACUGUGGGCCAGGCUCUGUACUGGGCACAGGUGUGAAUGUGACCCAAUUUAAACUUCUAGCUCAGCCUCCUCAUUUUCGACCUGAAAAUCAAGACCCAGCAAAAGUGUGAGGCUUCCCAAAGACCUGAACUUUGGAGAGAGAAAUGAUGGAGAAAGCAUGGUCUCUGCCCUGGAUGAGAGGUAAAUAUGUCUGAGGGUAACAGCUGGGGCCUGGUGCAAGUACACUUCAUCAGGGUUUAAUCAUGGGCUUCCUUCCUUCUGCAAACCUUUAUCAAGGGGAAGGGUUGCUUGUGCCCUUGUCACCUCAGCAAUUCCAAGAGCACGGAAUUUGAGUCAACAGAUCUGGGUUUGAGUCCCAGCCCUACUUUGAGUUGACGUAAUCUUGCAAAUUUCACUUCAUUUUUCUGAGCCUUGGUUUCCUCAGCUAUAACACUGGAACAGGCCAAAUACUGCCCACCCAGCCUACUUCCAUGAGUCCUUGUGAGACUCAUCCAAGUUAAUGGGUGUGGAAGUGUAAGGAAGAGCCUCUGCACGUGUUAGUUAUUAUUCCAGUUAUCAUCCCCCUAAGGACCACUGGCUGAAAUCUCUGGAAUAUGGAUCCACAGAUAGCUUUAACUCUCUUCCUCUUCCUGCCUGUUUCAAAUGGACAUAAAAACCAAUUGGUCAUCUGCCUACAAUCUCAACAGCUUUCCCAGAGAGUCCAUGCACAGAAAGAGGAAGAAUUCAACUAUUGUAUAUUAAUGUCAUUCCAUACAUUGAUUGAGCAUCUACCAUAUGGCAGACAUUGUGUGGAGUUCAAAGUUGGAUAAGACAUGUUUCUUGGCUACCUUGAGAAGCUCACCAUUUAGUAGGAGAAACAGACUGGGCAUAAAUAACUAUAAUGUACUCAGAAAAAAUGUGAUUGCCAUAGGAAAGAUACAAAUCAAAUGUUUUGGGAGCCAGAGAAUGGAAUGAUUCAUUCCCCAAAAGGAGACUGGAAAAAGGUUCAUCAACGAAGUGGUAUUGAAGGAUGGGCAGGGCUUAGCUCUGUCAGGAAGAAUGAGGCAGGGCACUCCAGACAGAGAGACCAGCACAGGCAAAUGUAUGAAGUCUGGAAAGGAAUGGCGAUCUAAAGGAUAAAAUAGGAUCAAGUGAGCAUGAACCAAAGAAAAAUCACUGCGCCCCAGCUCUGAAACCCUGGCAUAAAUGCUGCUGUUUCACUGUUCUCUUUACUGGCUGAGGUCACCUUGGCCUCUGUCCCUCAGUCAGAGAGAAUCCCACACUGGCCCUUCCUCCAGCAAAGCCAAACCCAAGCCCCAGCCAGCAGAGGUGACAACAAAUGAACAGGGAUCCACAAUACCAUUAGAUGCACAAAUUCUUGAGCUGGGAAGUGCCAGGUCACAGCCAUACCUCCUCAGCUAGGGUAAGAGCUUCAUCAGAUAUGGCAAUGACACAACCCUGGAGCAUGAUGGCAAAGAACUUAAACCUCUUGGCAUGGGUCACUCACUACAUUUUUCUUCUUCCCCCUUCAUCCAAAAGAAGCUAGCUUCUUCUUUACCAGUGCUGCAGUCAGAAUGGCUUUAGAAAGCCUAGAGCUGCAGCUGGACUCAAGGCAUAGCCAUGGGCCACCCGAGGGACUUGUAUUUUCUCAGUCUUUCUAUCUUUCAAUGUGAAUUGUUUUUUAUUGUGCAAAUAAUACAGUGUUAAGAACGGAAACCCCAGGAAGAGAAAGAGGAAAGUGAGCACCCAUUCACACAUUAUCUGUUUCCAUUUCUCCUUGCUCCUUCCUGCUGUUGUCCAUGAGCAUACUUUUUUUAUGGCCGCUUUUAUCAUGGAUACAACCACAUAUUCCAUUUUUAUUGCUUAGCCUCGUAUCAUCUAGCUGUUUCUAUUUUGCCACUUAUUGCCAGCCCCUGGUGUUUACACAGACUUGGCAUUGUUCUCCCAAGACUGAAGAAAGAUGCCAGUGGUCAUGUAAAGGGAUUCUCCACAGAUAACAUGAUCAUCAUUGACAACUGGCAUCAUGUGACAGAGGAAGAGCACCAACUGCUCUGCCAUCAUGUUGACUUGGGCUGGAAUCUCAGCUUCUCUAUUUCAAAGCUAGAUGGUCCUGGGCAUAUCACUCCAACUCUUUGAGCCUGAGGUCGUCAUCUAUAAGAUGGGAUGGUAGUAGUACCACCCUUACGGGAUCACAGUGAGAGUUAAGUGAGAUACCAAAAGGGGAAUGCUCAACAAAGAGCAGCUGUCCUUCCUAACCCUUGUGGGGGCCGACCUAGAAUCCACUCUGCUUUUUCCUCUCUUGCCCACAUUUGAUCACCUCCCCUCCCUGGACCCAGCAGGCCCCCUGGGUGAGCCCACCUAAAUUCUGACAGGCAUACUAGUCUGCAUAUUUAUUAUUCAUUGAGUGAAUUUGCUAUCUUUUGCUUAAGUAUUUUCUUCUGAUGAAAAUUUUGUUUUUGUCCGGUUUUUCACUAUUUCCAAUGAUGAUGCAAAAACAAACCAGUAUAUGCUGCUCACGGUGUGCUUUAAAAACUAUAUUUUCUCAGGAACAAUCCCCAGGAGGAGGAUCACUGAGACAGAGGAUAGAAACAUUUUCAAGGUUUCUGAUGUAUAUUUCCAAAUUGCUUUUCAGAUCUGUAUCUGUUACGCUGCCACCAGUUUGAGGGAGGGGCCCACCUGGGCUACAUUGGAGGCUGCUGGGCUCUGGUCACAAACUCCUGUCUCUGCUUUAUUUCUGCCAUUGUCUUCUCCCAACAUGGCUCCUAAACUUUCUCACUCCAUGGGACAACUAGCUCACUGUUUGUCCCCAAUACGAUGCUCCAUGCUUUUGUGCCUUUGUACUUCCUAUUAUUCUUCGCCAGUGUUGCCCAAGAAUAUUCUUCCUUUAAGAUUCCCUCUCACCUUAGAACUCAACCUUUGUGGAACUGGAAACUUCUACACUCUCUUCAAGACCCAGCUCAAAUACCCCCUUCCUCUGUGAACUAGUUCCAAUCUCCCCAAGCAGAGUUAGUCACUUUUGUUAUAAGUGGCACCUGGAGGAAUCCGUGGCAUCCAAAUGCUCACCAAGAGUCAGCCAUCUCCUAGCCCCAGCCACAGGCCCCAGUUUUUGUGAUUCUCUCUCCUCUUCUCCUCACUCUCUGCGCCAGGCAAUCUCACUAGGUUAUCCCAACUCAUGUCCUAACUAUUCUUAGAUUUACUUAUCUUUUUUUUUUUUUUUCUGAGAUGGAGUUUUGCUCUUGCUGCCCAGGCUGGAGUAGUGCAAUGGCACGAUCUU